CAUGUUUAGGUGAGUGAUGGAGACGAGAGAGUUGACCGUGGUAGCUGGCAGCUUCGUGGGAUUCCAGCUUCUCUUCUCCGUGGCCAGCCCGCGGCUCUCCUCCGCCAUCACACCGGGUUACCGACGACUACCUCCCAACAAGCUCAUCGAGUGGAACUCGAGGCUGGUGUCCACUGUGCACGCCUUGAUUGUGGGUUUGUUCUGUUUAUACAUCCUGUGGUUCGACGACGCCGUCAACGCCAACCCCGUCUGGGGUGACCCUAAUCUCGUCAAACUAAAUGUAGCCAUAACCUGUGGUUAUCUCCUUUAUGACCUUGUGCUGCUUGCAUGUAACUGGAGCACAAUGGGUGACAGCUUUUUUGUCUGCCACCACUUGGCGGCGCUCUACGCCUACGGAUAUGUUUUGACCCGUGGCGUUCUUCCCUAUUUUGCCAAUUUCCGUCUCAUUUCCGAGUUAUCCACGCCAUUUGUAAAUCAAAGGUGGUUCUUUGAGGCGUUGAAGUACCCCCGCUCACACCGGAUGGUGGUACUAAACGGCGUCCUCAUGGCAGUGGUGUUCUUCCUAGUUCGCAUCGCAGUCAUGCCGUCCUACUGGGCGAGCGUUUUUGCCACAUUUGGCACGCCGGAGUUUGAGCGGCUGGGCUUCGGUGCCCAGGUGGCCUGGAUCACCUCGUGCAUCGCUCUGGACAUCUUGAACACGAUCUGGAUGUACAAGAUUGCCCGUGGCUGCUACAAAGUCUUGACAGGGAGAGGAGGGCGAAAAGUUGAAGCGGAGAAAACGUUUUGUGCAGAUGAGAAGCAUGCGAACAACCACACGGACUGAUGUAGGAUGAAUAAUAAUCGGGCUCGGACAGAAGCAGGAAGGCUGGACUCUAAGGAGCUUCUGGCUGUUGCUAUAGUCUCAGCAUCCCGUCCCCUUCGAAGUCAGAGUCUUCAGAUUCUGACCCCAACUGGGGAGGAGGAGGAGAGUUCCCUAUGACUCACUCAAGCACCAGCGUUUGCAGAUUAAUACACUGCUGGGAGGAAGCUUUCUGGUUUCAGACAAGGUAGAGUACACAAGCACACUUUGAACACCAUCUGUUCCUGGCCCCCUCCAUCACGUCAUCAUCUCCUACCCCCUAGUCUGCUCUCAUGCUCAACUUCAGCCAAAGCCCAAUCUUCUCAAGUGCCUGUGGACAAAACAGGAAAGCAAUAAUACUGGAGGAGUCAGAUCAGAAAAAAAACCGAUGUGCAAAAGUUGAGCCUCUUCAGAAACAUGGUCCGCCCUGGACAACUGGAAGCUUCUUCUCAUCCCAGUGUCCGUCCAUGCAGGCGCUGGCCUUCGGAGCGAAGAACUCUCAGACCCACGCAGUGUUUGCAUCAACCUAUAGGGCUCUUAAACUCGUCGAACCUCAGAGCACGAGACAGAAAAACACCAGAAUGCCUCUCCUAGUUUUACCUGCUGUGGCCUCCUUGCAACAAGUAGCGCCUCUCGCUGUCACCAGCCACGCCCUCCGUUUUUGAUUUCAAACGCUAAGAGUUAAGGAGAGAGGACAAACCACAUUCUGACAUCCAUCUCAUGAUUGUUCUUGAUGUAUUAUGGUUUCAGGAUUAGCAGUCACAGUAAUACAAGAUCCACUGCAACCCUCUGCCUCUGAUCGAAUGUUUUUGUUCUACCUCUCCCCCUGCCUUACAAAGACUGUACGUCCCUUCAUCGGUUUACGUUUUUAUACUCUUUUAUCUGGUACUGGUCAUAAUAACACUGUCUCAGACGGACUUCAGUAAAACGGCAGCAUCACUUUCCUCGCAAUCAGUGAAUCUCCCAAAACAAAAUGUCAAACAUCUGUCAUCAGUGACACUGUGACCCUAACUGAAGGAAAAUCUACUCAAUCCAUUAUUUUUACUUUUUCUUUCCUGACGCUGUUUUCAAGUACAGUAUAGUGUGUAAUAUGUACACUAAUCCUGGUGCCCUUGGAAAAUGGCGCUGGCUCAUUGGCAGAAUGUCAGCAAUAGGAAUGCUAGCAAUAUGCCUUUUUCUUUUUCCACAAAUGUUCAGUUCACGUGAAAUUGGCUGCUCUUGGUUUUAUAACAGUAGCCUGCAUGCUUAAUUUUUCUGUAUAAACUGUAUAUCAUCAGCGUAGAGCAUGACAAGACAUACUUCUGUGAUGCCUCAGUGAAACGUCCAACGUAGAUGAAUACCAUCUAAUUAUUUAUUGCAUUAAUCCAGUGCUAAACAGGGGUUUGUCUUCCACUCCCAGAGCAUAAUCAAAGCAUGAACUUCUUGUGUUUUUUGAUUGUUUCUCCUCUCCGUGCAUGUUUAUCCAGUAUUUAAAUGUUCAGGAUCUAUGCAGGUGUUGUCUGCGUAGAACUGUUUACUCUUCUCCUACAUGUCAGGUGUCCCAGCUUGGUUUUACAAAUGCAGGGACAGUUUCUGGUCAGUGAUUUGCCGUCAGCAGACUGCUAACUGCACAGACAGAAAAACAGGAUGUUUCACAUUUGGCUUCUGCUUUACAAAUACAUCUUCACAUGUUCUGGUCGUACUGCAGGCUUACUUGCAGCACCGUGAGUAUACUUUACUGAUUUAACCUGACACACGUGACAUGUUUCAAAUCAAAUCAAAUCUUAGCUAGGUUGUCAUAAGCACAAACAAUUGGAUUUUCAUAGAAUCGGCAAGAAAUUUCUAAUGAAUUAGUUUCAUAAACAGUAGAGGCAUGAGCCAAAGAGGCCAGCUGCACAUCACACACAC